AUGCUUGUCUUUCUCUUCUCCCCCCCCCCACCUGUAUUGUUUUCUUUUUCUUUUCCUGUCCUUUUCGUUUUCUCCUGUUACAUUUUCACUUUCUAUUACAUUUCCGUUUUUACUCUUUUUCUUUUUUUUAUACUUUACUUCUUUCUUUCUUUCUUUUUUUUAUAUUUCAAUUUGUUUUUCUUUGCCGUUGCUUCCUUUAUUUUGUAUUGCAUUUUCUUUCUUUUCUAUUUCAUCACUCUCGUUUUUUCUUCUUUCUUUCUUUCUUUCUUUCUUUCUUUCUUUCUUUCUUUCUUUCUAUUGCACAGCGUUCUCUUUUCUGUUAAUUUCGUUUUUCCUUUUUUUUUCUUUGGUUUUUCAUUUCUCUUUCUUUCUUUCUUUCUUUCUUUCUUUUACACUAAAUUUAUAUUUUCUCUUCAUUUUCUUCCGUUUUCUUUUUUUGUCUCUCUUCUCUGUAUUCCCUCAUUUUUCAUUUCUCUUUCAUUCUCUCUUUUUCCUUCUCUCUUUCAUUCUCUCUUUUUCCUUCUCUCUUUCGGCAUUUUAGUUUUUCACUUUCUACUUCCAUUUAACUAUUUUUCACAAACAGCUCGCUGUCCUUAG